UUUCCUAUCCGUGGCAGGGCAGAUUCUACACACACACCCAAAGCACAGCUGGGAUUUUCCUACUCUUCUUCCUCCUCCAUCGCCCCCACCCCCAUCCAAUUCAGAGCAAAACUGUCCAGGGCAGCUAGUUCCCUCUCCCCCACAACAAACCCCUUUCCAGCCAGCCUUGUGAUGUCACUGGUUUUGUUUUUUUUCCAAAGCAAGGUUGUAAAACUUGUUUGAAAAACCAGGAAGAAGCCGAGAGGGGCAGGCAGCUCCCUGGAGGCUGACACUGCAGGCUGCAGCGGUGGUGGCAGGAGACUCAGCCGUUCCACUUCUGAGCAGGAAGGAAGGAAGGAGGAAAGCAGGCAACGCACCCGAAAGAGACGCCUGGCUUUGCAAAUUGCAAGAAACAUGGGGGCCCCUACCAGGGCUAAUCCAGAGACCAUGCGCUAUUGAGCGCUCAACCCCAAAGCUAUGGGCCUGUUCAACCAAGCAGAGCUGUGCCCUUAUCCGGCAGCCUUGGAAAAGGGGCAACUGGAUGAGCAGAAAUGCAGCCGUUCACCGGAUUGCGAGGGUUCUCCAGCCCAGAGCAGUGCCGAAGGGGACUCGGUUUCUUCUGAAAAUGACUCUCCGCCAGGCAGCCAUUCCAGCGGCUGCGCGGAAGAGGAUGAAGCCAGUAGCACAGAGAGUGCCCAAAAUGGGCACGAGGGUCUUUGUAGUGGAAGCGCUGGCUGUGAUCCUAAAGACGAGCAGCGUGCAGCCCUGAACAAGAUCUCCGCUCUUGAAAACCGGCUCAAGGAGCUGCAUCAUCGGAAGAAAGAGCUGAAUAUAGAGAUGGACCUGGAAGGUGCCUUGUUAGAAGGGGAACUGCAGGAAGAGAGGCAGGAGCUACGGCAAGAGGAGGAACGGCUGCUGGAGCUGAAAGAACGCCUCGCGGAGACAGAGCUCAGGUGCCGGGAAGAACGCGAGAAGGAGAAGGCACGUCUCCAACGAGAACGUCAGAGGGUGGAGGAGCUCCAGAGACAACAUGCUGAGUCUCAGAUCCACCUAAACAACCAGCCAGAAUCGAUGCGUGAACGGAUGCAGAAGCAACUACAGGAGACAUCUGAGAUGCUAGAAGGAGCCCUGAGAUGUUAUGAAGAUCUGGAAUUCCAACAGCUAGAACGCGAAAGCCACCUGGAAGAGGAGAAAGAAGCCAUUUGUCACGCUUUGACGGAAGAGAUCACCCAGUUGCAGAACAGCAUUAACCAAAGGAAGAAGACAGUGCAGAAGCUGGAAGGCCAAGCCCUUUUAACACAAGAACAAAUGAUGGGUGUGUGCCAGAGAUUUGCACAAGAGGAGGGAGAGGCUGUCAGCCAUCUCAACGCGGAGAAAAGCCGCCUCAUGGAUAUGAGCCAGGAGUAUUCAGCGAAUGGGGAGGACCUAUCAGAGAAUAAGGAGGGCGUGACCCAGCUGACUUUUACCCAAAAAACGGAUCGGAAAGUCAUUGUCUUGGGUUCCGACCAGUCGGACUCAUCUUCCUGUGUCUUCUCCGUCUGCAGUUCAGUGAAGGGUUCGAUUGGACUGCAACGGACCGCCAGUCUACCUCGCAGGAGUAGGGAUCGCCUCCCAGCCCGCGCUCCUCAACGUCCCGUUUCAAUGCAUGGUGCUCUGGAUCCCAGCCUUCUGGUAGCUCAACUCUCCAGUGGAAGCAACGGUCAUUAUCUGGGGAGUCCAAACCUCCAAUUCUCACGUUACAACAAACCCCUCUACCAACUGCUGGGUGGCCAGGCAACUACCAGGCAGGUGGGAGGAACCUCUCAAGGAGCUUACAGUCUUGAAAACUGUGUCACCAAACUGGCAGAGAUGGAACGCCGGGUGCGGGAAGCUAUGGCUGAACGAGAACGAUUGCUGCAAGAAAGGGAAGCGAAGAAAGUAGCUGAGGAAGUGAAACGAAUCGAAUUGUCCCCUUCGAAAAUGAGCCAUAACCCCAUGGAGAUCCGGGAACUCAAAACAGCUGCCUUUGACUUGCGCAAACAUCUGGAGGCCUCGGGGCAUAGCGUCGAGACCUGCCAGCACGUGAGGGUGACCAGCAAAUCGUGCAAGGGUUACCUGGUCAAGAUGGGCGGGAGGAUCAAGACUUGGAAGAAACGUUGGUUCACUUUUGAUCGCCAGAAGCGCGUCUUGGCGUAUUACACAGACAAAGAAGAGACCAAGCUUAAGGGUGUGAUCUAUUUCCAGGCCAUUGAAGAGGUUUACUGCGACCAUCUCCGGAGUGCUUUCAAGAGUCCCAACCCCAAACUGACCUUCUGCGUCAAGACCUAUGAUCGCCUCUUCUGCAUGGUGGCCCCAAGCCCAGAGGCGAUGAGGAUCUGGAUGGAUGCAAUCGUCACGGCAGCUGAGGAGAACACUCGAUACUGACCAGGUCUUUGAGAUGAAAUGGACUCUUGAACUCUUCAGUUGGGGAACAGCGUUUCUUCCCAAGGUUUUACUGGGGUAUCUCCUUCUAAGGCAAAACUCAUCACCAAGGGAUCCAGCGGCUGGACUUAGAUGCUUUAAUGCUUGCCAGAGUCUAAACUACCAUAUAGGGCUUGUUUGGUACCCAGAGUUGCAAAACUGUGGAUACUUGGAGAUGAUGGAUAUGUUGGGGAUGUUUUAUGGACCAGCGCAGAAGACAUGUCCGAUAUCACAAGCCUGCUGGAGGAAACUUCAAAUGGUAUUUUGGAAGAUGGACUGUUGGGAUGGAUUCCAGCCAGCCGCAUAAAAAGAUAACCUAUCUUAUUCCGAGAAUUCAGGGCAAUUUCUCUGGAAGAUGCCCUUAAAUAAAAA